GGCAGCGGAACGCGGGAGCAGGGCGCGGGCCGCCGGGGGAAGGCGCAGCCGCCGCACCGCUCCCCCCGGUCACCUUCGGCGGGCGGCAGCCAUGGCGUUCCUGCCCGACGAGUCGCGUUCGCUGCCGCCGCCGCCGCUCCUCAACAAGGGCUCAGUGUGGCUCGGGUUCGCGGGGUGGCUGGCAGCGCUGCUGGACAACGCCUUUAACCAGCGCCCCGUCUUGCGAGCAGGCGUUCACCGGCAGGUCCUGUUUGCUACCCUGGGCUGCUUUGUUGGCUACCAGCUUGUGAAACGCGCCGAGUACGUGCAUGCCAAGGUGGACAGAGAGAUGUUUGAGUACAUCAGGCACCACCCGGUGGACUUCCACUCUGCAACAGAAAAGAAAAGAAUAGGGCAGCUCCUGGAGGAUUUCCAGCCGAUUCGUUGAGGAUUUCUCCAGUGGCAACACAUCACAGGAUGAAUUCCUGUCAUCCUGAGAACUUCAGCAAGGUGGCUGCAACUGUUGAACCGUCCAUGGCUUAAAAGAUGAAACUUUACUCACUUUGAUGUAAUAAAAGCUUGGUUAAAUAGUUA